UCCUUCAUUCUCUCUUGGCGACGCCGCCGUAGCGAAAUCCCGGCUGAAUUCAUCCUCAGCAUCACCAGGUAAUCUCUUUCUCUCUCUCCUCCGUUGCAUACUUAUAUUCUUAUGUUUUCUCUCGCUAGGGUUUCACUUUCAUAAUUGACACCAUAGUCAAAAUUUCCCCUUUGAUUGAAUCUCUACCAUGAUUGUAGAUUCAAUCUUUGACUUUUGAAGCAGAUAGUCUGGUUUCGCUUCAAUCCAAAAUUCUUUGAUUCUCACCAAGGAGAUUGAAGGGGUAAUAGAGGAGGGCCAAGAAGAGGCUAGAAGAAUUAAAGAUAGAAAAACCCAUGACCCUCAAGUUCAAAGCUGGGGUCUGUAGGAGUUAAAUUUGUUUUUCCUUGAUGGCUAAAGAUAUGGAAGUUGAGAGCGGUGUUGACAGGAUCAGUGCCUUGCCUGAAGGAGUUAUUUGUCACAUUCUCUCAUUUCUUCCAACAAAAGUUGCAGUUCAAACCUCUGUACUCUCAACAAAGUGGAGAAAGAUUUACACUUUGGUUUCUAGUAUAGAUUUAGAGUUUGGACUUUGGAUGAUGACAGAGAGGAGAUUGAUGCUGAAAAAUCAAAUAGGUUCUCCAAUUUUGUAGAUAGAGUGUUCUUCUUUCAUGAUAAACCAUCUAUAGUAAGUUUCCGUCUCAGGUGCUAUCAAUACGUCGAUCCUUUGCAUGUUGAUGGGUGGAUACGUGCUUUAAUGCAGCAUAGCAUUCAAGAGCUUGAUAUAUACAACCAUCAUUUUGCUUUUCUGGGUAUGCCCUUACCAGCUAGUGUAUUUUCUUGUGAGACAUUGGUGGUUUUGAAAGUGAAUUUAAAUUCGUCUUAUCAUGCUCUGAAAGUCCCAGCCAGAAUUUGUCUCCCAAAUCUUAAGGUUCUUCACAUGCAUGACUUUUCCUUUUCAAAUGAUGGUUCUGGUGAAAAACUGUUGUCAAGUUGCCCAGUUCUUGAGGAUUUGGUUUUGGGAUCCUGUGCUUUCAACAAUGAUCGUUCCGAAUUCAAAAUUUCUAAUUCUUCACUCAGGACACUAACCUUACAAGACUACUACACUGAACUUAGUGAUCAAUUUGUUCAGAUAAUGAUUUGUGCACCCAAUCUUUUAUUAUUUAAGUGCACCAGUGGGUUGCGACUUGAUGUCAUUCUAUGCAACUUGUCUUCACUGGAGGAUGCACAUAUUAAUG